AUGGCUCCGCAAUCCGGACACGAACCGCAACAGCUCCAGACCAUCCGCGAAAUGCCUCCCAAGAAGAUCAUUCGAGCUAAUCCACCCGCGAUCGACCUCUCAGUGAUCCCGCCUUCCCUACCUCCCUCCGUCGAAGAGGCCUAUCGGAGAAAAUGCGUCCAGCUCAAGCAGCGCACCGGCGAGGUCGAGGAGGAAAACGACGCGACCCGCGUCCGCCUCGCCCGGAUCCGACGACAGAUUGAGAAGCUGCGGCUGGAGAGAGCCUUCCUGCUGGAGCAGCUGGCCAAGAGAACAAGCACCAACGUGGAGGAUUCAGACGGCAGCCCGAGCCCGCCACCGACUCCGCAAGAAAAGCCUCUGCGUACGAAACGCGGCCACCGCAAGCCGUCGGUGCUCGCCGAGAUCGACUCCGCCGCCAAGGCCAACUCCAGGCCGCUCAGUCAGACCGCCGCGACCAUCUCGCCCAGUUCCGAGACCUUCUCCCACACCCAAGGUGGCGGCGGCGGCGGCGGCGGCGGCGACACACAGGCGUCGGCGCGCACCAACGGUAUCGCGAAGCCGCCCAAGCGCCCUGGAAAUGCCUUUGAGCUGUACUGUGCCGACACGCGGCCGGUGCUUGAGGAGAAGAGCAAGAACGACGCUGAUGUCAAUGUCGACGAGGAGCUCGCCCGCGGCUGGAAGGACCUGCCGGAGGGCGAGAAGGAGGAGUUCCAGACGCGCUCCGAGGAGGAGAUGGCCAAGUACCACAAGGACAAGGACGCCUUCGCCGCAAAGAGCAAAAACGCCGAGCCCAAGGAGGACGAGGAGGAGCGCGACAAGUCACCACAGGAGGCGCCCGCGGCAUCGCAAGACGAAGAUGUAGAGAUGGGCAAUUACGACACCGAGGAGCAGCCGGAGGACACCCCGGCUGCUGACGACAAGGACGACAAAGCGGAUGAUUGA